AUGCAUAGGCAAAAGGUAAGAGCCUUAAUAUCUCUGCUACCCCCUCACCAUUGUGUUAUAAUCAUCAAUAUGUCUGUAGAAGAAGUUACUCAGAAGACGCAAGGGUUGUCCGUUUCAGAAAAUCAAGAAGGCCAAACUGUGCUAUCUAACAGCAAGGACUUCAAUUUGAAACAUCCAUUAAACUCAAAAUGGACUCUUUGGUAUACCAAGCCUCCGGUCGGGGAAAACGAGUCUUGGUCUGAUUUAUUGCGCCCGGUUACAUCCUUUACUACUGUUGAAGAGUUUUGGGCUAUCCAGCAGUCGAUUCCUAGACCUCGUGAACUUCCCUUGAAGUCGGAUUACCAUUUAUUCCGCGAUGACAUCAGGCCAGAGUGGGAAGAUGAGGCCAACUCCAAGGGAGGUAAGUGGUCUUUCCAGUUCAAAAGUGCAAGGGCGCCACAUAUAGAUGAUUUGUGGCUAAGGGCCCUAUUGGCUGUCAUUGGUGAAUCUAUCGAUGAGGAUGAUUCUGAAAUCAACGGUGUUGUGGUGAACGUGAGAAGAUCAGGGUACAAGAUUGGGUUGUGGACCAAGUCUGUAGACCAGGAGCCAUUGUCCAAGGUUGGUGCAAAGUUUAAGGCGGUGCUGCAGUUGGAGGAAUCUGACAAGUUGGAAUUUUUCGCUCACUCUUCUGCUAACGAUAAAAACGCUAGACCAACUCUAGUUUUGUAG